AUGGUUAUACCGGAGCCACUACCAGCGACAGUCUCUCUAUCUCCAUCUAACCCUGUGGGAAAGGAGAAACUGUAUGUUUCAGGUACUGCAAAAAGGAGGAAGGUGUCUCAUUUAGAUGAUAUGGAAACUCAAUAUGACCAUUGGAUAUUAUACACGGGUGUACACCAGCAAGUAAAUAUGAGGGCUGAUACUGGCACUACUACCAAUGAAACUGAUGAUACUGACGACGACUUAGUUUCAGGCACCCCGUCUGCACGACAUUUCUCUCUAGAUGAGCUCAAAUCGGCAACGACUGAUUUUGAUGAGAGCUAUGUUAUUGGCAAAGGCGGUUUUGGAAAAGUCUAUCGAGCUUCCAUUAACGAAUUAUAUUGCAGCACUGAAGAUGGAGCAAACAGUUUCGUCGUAGUGAAACAAUUGAACAAAGCGGAGUCGAGGCAAGGAGAAAACGAAUUCUAG